UCUGGGCGGGGAAUCAGAGGAGCGAAACGGCAGAGCUGAGAGUCAUUCAGGGUUAAUAAUAUUCCGCCGUGGGGGGGAGCGGGGGAGGACACACAUACACAUACACACACACACACACACAUACACUGCCAACCCGGCGACGAGGUUGGGCCUGCGGUGCCUGCCUGCAACCCAGGAAACAUGGAGCUCGAGAAUAUCGUGGCCAACACUGUUCUGUUGAAGGCGAGAGAAGGAGGGGGUGGGAACAGAAAAGGCAAGAGCAAGAAAUGGAAACAGAUGCUUCAGUUCCCUCAUAUAAGCCUGUGCGAGGAGUUACGUCAGACUAUAGAGAAAGACUACAACAGCCUUUGUGAGAGGCAGCCAAUCGGACGCUUGCUAUUCCGUCAGUUCUGUGACACCAGGCCGGAGUUGAGGCGCUGUGUCAAAUUCUUGGAUGUUGUGGCGGAGUAUGAAGUAACGCCAGACGAGAAGAGGAAGGAAUGUGGACAGGAACUCCUAGACAAGUACCUCAACCCAAAGUCAGAGGACUACGUCCCUGAGGUAACAGAGGAGAUGGUGACUAAGUGUGCAGAACGCUUGCAACAGGAGGCAUGUAAAGAGCUCUUCAUGGAGUGUACCAAACUGAUCCAUGACUACCUGAGCGUGGCCCCCUUCGCAGACUACCUCGAUAGCAUGUACUACAGUCGCUUCUUACAGUGGAAAUGGCUUGAGAGACAGCCAAUCACAAAAAACACAUUCCGUCAGUAUAGGGUUUUGGGAAAGGGAGGCUUUGGUGAGGUCUGUGCAUGCCAGGUGCGGGCCACAGGGAAGAUGUAUGCCUGCAAAAAGCUGGAGAAGAAACGCAUCAAAAAGAGGAAAGGAGAGUCCAUGGCCCUGAACGAGAAGCAGAUUCUUGAGAAAGUCAACAGUCGGUUUGUUGUGAGUCUCGCGUAUGCGUAUGAGACAAAAGACGCCCUGUGUUUGGUGCUUACGCUGAUGAACGGAGGGGACCUGAAGUUCCACAUCUACCACAUGGGAGAAGCAGGUUUUGACGAGAAGAGAGCUGUGUUUUAUGCUGCUGAGAUCUGCUGCGGGUUAGAAGACCUCCAUCGGGAGAGGAUAGUAUACAGGGAUUUGAAGCCAGAAAAUAUACUGUUGGAUGAUCAUGGUCAUAUACGUAUAUCAGACCUGGGCCUGGCUGUGCAUGUACCAGAUGGUCAGACAAUCAAAGGCCGGGUGGGCACUGUGGGGUACAUGGCCCCAGAGGUGGUGAAGAACGAGCGUUACACAUUCAGUCCAGACUGGUGGGCUCUCGGCUGUCUCCUCUACGAGAUGAUUGAGGGCCAGUCACCCUUUCAGCAACGCAAGAAAAAAAUCAAGCGAGAGGAAGUGGAGCGGCUAGUCAAAGAGGUGGAGGAAGAAUAUUCCAGCAAGUUCUCAGAGGAUGCCAAAUCACUCUGUAAAAUGCUGCUAGCCAAAGACCCUUGUGAGAGGCUUGGCUGUCAGGGGGGCGGAGCCUCAGAGGUGAAAGCCCACCCUAUUUUCCGUUCCAUCAACUUCAAGCGGCUUGCAGCAGGCAUGCUCGAAGCGCCCUUUAUUCCAGAUCCUCAGGCCAUCUACUGUAAGGAUGUGUUGGACAUCGAGCAGUUCUCCACAGUGAAGGGGGUGGAGCUGGAGCCCAAAGACGACUCCUUCUACAGCAAAGUAUCCACUGGAUGUGUUCCCAUCCCCUGGCAAAAUGAGAUGAUAGAGACUGAGUGCUUUAAAGAACUCAACAUCUUGAACUUGGAUGGCACUGUGCCCCCUGACCUGGACUGGAGAGGUCAACCCUCACCCCCACCCAAACAGGGCUUACUGCAGAGACUCUUCGGCCGGCAGGACUGCUGUGGAAAUUGCAGCGACAGUGAGGAGGAGCCCACACGGCUGUGAAGGCGUGGCCUGCCUGGGGCUCCUCCCCUACACCACUGAGGAUCUCAUUUGUUUACAGUUUUUGCACAUUUGUAUUUUUAAGAUAGCUCUAUAUAAACAUUGGAAUGUAUAUUUUCACUCUAUAGCCAUGCAGUGUAUCUUAUUUAAAGUCAUCGAAAUGAAAAGGACAGAAAAAAGGGUCCCAAUUAUGUCCUUUAUCAUGUGUGAAGUAUGGCAAGGGCAAAUCGUUCAACACUGCUCAAGUCUCAAACCCGGUUGACCCAACCGAUCUUGUACAUUUCGUAGGUAUGUCUCGCAGCCUCUUUGCGCUUUUCUUUUCUUUUUUCUGUUCUUGUACGAUUUCACACAUGUACAGUAUGCACUCUAAAUAUUUGUUUUAGAUGUGGGGAGCAAAGGAAAUUUGCUUUUGCAGAUAUUUUUAUAUUUAUAUUUUGAAUUUUAUUUUCUUAUGGUAAUCUCGACAAUCAAAUGACACCAUUUGUAUAAAACAGUGAUAAAUGUGCAUUAAUGGAUUUAAAAAAAGCAAAAACAGGAAAGGACUAUAAAACAGAGGGAAAUGUUAAAAUCAUAAAUUCGCUACCAGAAGUCUCAAAUAUAUUAUCUAAGGUUACUAUAGCUAGAGAUACCUAGUAAACCAAAUAGGCAUGACUAAAGUGCAUAAACGUACAAUUACAACUGCAAACAGUUGUACCAUGUUGUAAAUAUGCGACACUCAUCUGUAAAGUCUUCAGUGCGUCUUCCUGCUAAUUCUUCUCUAGAUAUUUGGGAAGAAUAUCCUGGUUAUAGUCGUGUGUGGCCCAUAAGUUACAUACUGAGUCAAACCAUGAGGCAUUAUUUUCCAUUUUACAGUAUAUUUCACAACAUGACUGGUAAUAACGACAUUGUAAUUUGUCAAAUUCCAGCUCUGAAGACUGAAAGACUUUAAUACUCAAACAAUGCUCAGCAAUUGAUCAUUGAUUAACAGUUCUUCAUGCUAAUAGACAUUAUUAAUGUUAUUUAAUGUUUUUAUAAGUAGAUAUGCGCAAUUUUAUGGGCUGCAAACAAUUUAAUUGCUGCUUUUUUACAUGUAGGUCAAACUAAAAUUCAUUUGCCAAAAAGAAAUGUUUUGUUUUGUGUUACGUAUCCCCUGCAAUCACAAUAAGCUCUUUAUGUUUUCAGUUGCUCAGAAAUAUGAUGUCUUGGGAACUUUGUUGUAAAUUUGAUCUCUUGAUGCACUUAAGACCAAACAAGUUAAAUUUUUGUCCUCCAUCUUCAUAGAAGGUGCCUUUUGAAGUUUUAAGGUACUCUUGUCAUUAGGGUUUUUUAUUCAGAUAUCUCCAUGAUAUUUUUGAGUUGGCUUAGAAUUUUGUGCGCACACUUUCUCUUUUCUUUGCUGUUGUUUUACCUCAAAUAUUACUGUGCCCUGUGGAUGUUCAUACUUUUUCUAAACCUUGUGAAUUCUUAUUUUGUACAUCGUAGAAUCUCGCAAAAGGCUUUGGGACUUUGUAUUGAAGCCUAGCUGAACGCGUAACAUCGGUGACAUACCAACUCAAGGGUCUGUAAUACAUAAAAUACUUGGAGGAAGUCUUUGGAAGUGCCGUCAGCUGAUGACACCGUCAGCUGAUGGUCCUUGAAAGUCGACACAUUUCUCAUUCACCUGCAGUUUACGUUAAUUCUCUUGGAUAAACUCAAAUACAUUCCAGUCUCUACCGUACUGUACAGUUGUAAAAUUUAUUCAGUUUUUUUGUUUGUUUGUUUAUUUAGCAAUAAUGGAUUUGAUAAGUAUAACUAUUAUGUAAAUGUGUAUAAAAUGACAACAUUUCAAAUCUAGAGCGAGACGAAACUUAGUUUGACUCAAUGUUUUCCUGAGCCAGGCUUUUAACACUGUGAAGUGAUCAUUUCUGUCACAGUUGUACUUUUUUUUUUCUUUUGUGCAGUGCACUGAUAUUUUUUUUCUUUUUGUUUGCGAAUUUAUAACUGUGUAUGUAUGUAUGUACGCGUGCCUAAAUGCUGUAUGUCUGAGUGUAUGUGCGCUUUUACCUGCACUGCAUGUGCCCAUAUUCUUUAUCAUAACCACUAGUAGAUGCCAUUUUUUGCCCUAAAUGAGUGAAAUGUUACAUUUUAGGGAAGCUUUCAGUGUUUUUCUUUUCCAAGAGAGAACUUCAGGUUCACUGAUAAUAAUGUUGUCUAUUAUUAGUAAUACCAAUCCUUUCAAUAUUAUAGAUUUCAUGUUUACCUCAAGGCAGAGCGAAACUCAAAAUUUCAUACAGAACAAGACUUGUACUGAGAAAUAGACAUGCCAGUGCUUUGGAAGUCAGUGUCAAAAUGGAAAUGGCAUACUUCCAGCCACAUUUGUCAGUGUUAUUAAUCUAUUCAUUUCAGUUGUAAACAAUAAAAACAGACCCCGUGAUAUGAACUCUGUCAUACUAGUAUUUUUGUUGUUUUGAAGAGUGAGAUUAUUCCUACAUCUUAUAAGCCUCAAAGUGUAUGGUGCCAUUUUAAGCAUCAUUUUCCAUUAGCAAACAUGCCAUUGAGGGCUAUAGAAUCAAAUUUUACAUUUUAAUAACUGUAUAAUGUGCUAAUAUGAGUAAAGUAGGGUAUAUAACUAGAGGAUUUGGCUAUUCUAAUUUUAAAAGGUGGUUAAAUUUGUCAAAGUGCCAUUGUUAUAUUCUCUCACUAUUGAAAUUGUCAAGUUUUGCUGAUAGUGACUCAAUUUUGUUAAAACAGAUUUUAACAUAUCUGUAUUAUUUUGAAGCAUCACUUUUUCUUUUGCCUAAUAUGUAUGUAGAAGUCCAUAGCCCUUUCAUUUAAAGGGUUAGUUAAAAAAAAAAAAAUGAAAGAAAUUGUCAUCAUUUACUCACUCUCAUCUUUUGUUCAUCUUCGGAACACAAAUGAAGAUCUUUGUGAUGAAAUCUGAGAGCUAUGCAACUACCACUUUGACACUUCAAAACAGGUCAUAAAGAGAUUGUAGAACUAAUCCAUAUUAAUCAAGCGGUUUAGUCCAAGAUUUCUGAAGAGACACAAUCGCCUUAUAUGAUGAACAAGAUUGAAUUUAUGUUUUUAUUCACAUAUAAACAUUGAUCAGCGAACAUAAAAAAAAGUUCAGCUGUACUUGCUUGACGCAAGAGAAUGAACCUCGUUGGUUCUUUCGGAAGCUCAAGCAUGCUGCGCAACACACCUCAUUGGUUCUUGCACAUCAAGCAAACAUGCUUGAGCUUCCGUUUACCACAACUGAUGUGUGAGUUGCCUAAAGCCUAAAUUCAAUCUGUUCAUCAUAUAAAGAGAUCUGGGUCCUCAUUUAUAAAAUGUUGUGCAGAAACACUUAAUUUCUCAGAUGUGCGUACCUGUGAUUCAUAGAAUGAACGUACACACAGAAAACAAGUAUACGCAACUCUUUCAAGUGCAAAAUCUAUAAAUCGCAAAUGAUCUCUAACUUGCGCACAGCUGAAUGGUUUCAGUUCUCUGCAUUAUAAAAGAUACCUAAUUAAUGUCAUUUACAUAUAAAAGAUCACCAGUCAUCAUCCAAAUCCUUUAAUUUGGAAUGGUGAGCUGCAAGAAUAGCUUAGAUUUCCAAAAACCUACAGUAAUCUGACAAGGAAAAGUGCAUACGUCUGCUCAGACCCUGACGUGGCACUAAGCACUUUUCCACGUCAAAGACCGUUUUUAUAAAUAUGAGCGUUGUAAAUGACAUUAUAAAUGAGGCCCCGAGUUUCUUCAGAAAAUUUGGACUAAACCACUCAAUUCAUAUGGAUUAGUUUUAUGAUCUCUUUAUGAACUUUAUCAAAGUGGUAGUUGGACUGUCAGUGGAGGGACAGAAAUCUCUCAGAUUUCAAUAAAAUAUCUUCAUUUCAUUAAAAGAUGAAUGAAAGUCUUGCUGGUUUGGAAUGACAUGAGGGUGAGUAAACAAUGAAAGAAUUGUCAUUUUUGGGUGAACUAACCCUUUAAGGCCAGAAGAAUGUGUUUGGUUGUCUUGUACCUGUUUAUCCCUGUUCUUGAAGCCUUAUUUGUAUGUUCCUGGAUUGCACAUUGAAAACUAAUUUUUUGCUGAACUCAAUAGUUAAUUCUCACUCAGGUUACUGCCAUUGUUAUGUAUGUUUUUAUUUGCUUAAUAUAUGUACAUGGCCUUACUGAUAAAAUAAUGUCAAGUUACUGGAUUAUAUUUGUCCAAGUUGCAUAAAAAACAUGCCAUUGGGAACGCUGUUUAUAGACUUUGAUGUAAAGUUUGAUUGUGAUGGUGAUGAUGAUGACAUUGAAGGAAUUUGUUUAGUAAAUGUUCUUUCUUGUCAAAGCACUGAUGCUCAUUUUCCCUGUUUAGUUUCUGCUGUCUGUCUCUGGCCUGUGAAGCCUGUACAUUACGCAUGGCCUCUCAUGCAGGUCUUCUGUGUAACAAACUAAAUUUUGUUUCUUGUUUUCCUUUUUUUCUGCAUUAGUAUUCAACUUCAAUAAAUUUUUAUUUGGUUA